AUGUUGCUCGUGUCUGCAGCUCGUUCCGUGCCCUUCGCCCGUAUCGCUGGUCGUCGUUCUGUCUCAGCUAUCGCCUCUAAAUACUCUAAUGCAGUGUACAAUGCUGCUCUAGCAAAAUCGCCCCAAACUCUGACCCAAGUUCAUACGGAAUUGUCUAGCUUCACUGCUACCCUGAAGCAGAACAAGGAUGUCGAAGCCUUCGUUCACAAUCCCACACUAUCAGCUAAGGACAGGGCAACUGGACUUGCGUCUGUUUUUAAAACUUUGGAGGGUGCUGGCUCGAAGAAGGAGUCGGUUUCGGACAUCACCAAGAACCUGCUGACUGUUUUGUCGGAGAAUGGUAGAUUAGCAGAAGUUGAAGGUGUUGUGGACGGUUUCAACGAGCUCGUUUCCCAGUACAACGGGGAGCUUAAUGUUACCGUGACUUCUGCCGCUCCGCUUCCCAAGGACAUUCUGUCGCGGCUGGAGUCGACACUGAAGCAAUCACAGACCGCUCAGAAGGCCAAGACAUUAAAAGUUACAAACAAGGUCAACCCCUCUGUGCUCGGCGGUGUGGUUGUUGACUUUGGCGACAAGACCAUCGACCUUAGCGCCCUUUCGCGUGUCACCAAGCUCAAUGCUGCUUUAACGCAGUCCGUUUGA